AGGCGGGUGCAACUGGCCCAGCGGGCGCCGCACUAUGCUCCCCAGCGCCGUGGCAGCGGGCGCGUACUGGGACGUGGUGGCUUCCUCCGCGCUCCUCAACCUCCCCGCAGCGCCGGGCUUUGGCAACCUGGGCAAGAGUUUCCUGAUCGAGAACUUGCUGCGGGUCGGAGGCUCCCCAGUCCACGGGCUGCAGCCACCCCCACCCCACGGCCCCGCGGCCUCCCUAGUCACAGCUGGGGGCGCGCAGCUCCGGCCCCUGCCCGCCAGCCCCGUUCCCCUCAAGCUGUGCCCAACAGCCGAGCAAGUCGGCCCCGCCGGGGCACCCUACGGCACGCGGUGGGCAUUUCAAGUGCUCAGCCCCUCGGCGGACGGCAGCCUCGCGCCGGGCCGGGCUCCGGAGGACCGAGACUGUGCUUUCCAGCCUUCUGCCCCAGGGCCUCCCAAACCUUUUCUUCUGAGUGCUCCAGCAUUCUACUCUGCGUGCUGUGGUGGGUCCUGUCGGCGCCCUGCAUCCCCCUCUGCUUUUCCAAGAGAAGAGAGUGUGCUGCCUUUGCUGACCCAGGACUCUAAUUCCAAAGCUCGGAGGGGCAUUUUAAGAAGAGCUGUAUUUUCCGAAGACCAGAGAAAGGCUCUGGAGAAAAUGUUUCAGAAGCAAAAAUACAUCAGCAAAACAGAUCGAAAGAAACUUGCCAUCAACUUGGGACUAAAGGAGUCACAGGUGAAAAUUUGGUUUCAAAACAGAAGGAUGAAAUGGCGGAAUUCCAAAGAAAAGGAAGUGCUUUCCAAUAGGUGCAUCCAAGAUGUAAGCCUUCAAGAGGAUCCUCUUUCACAAUCUGCUCUGGGUUUCUCUUCUCCAUGUCCUUCAAUAUGGGAAGUCUCCCAACAGCACUCAAGUCCAAGAUGGAGGGAGAAUUCUCCAGAACCUUCAGAAAAACUAAUCCAGGAGAGUUCAGGGGCACCACCCCCAGAAGCAAAUUCACUGCAUGGUGCCUUGUAUUUGUCUUCUGAGGAAGAAGCUGGAGACAAGGGUGCACUUACUAGGGCCAUAUGAAUGGAAGCAUUCCUCCAUGUUAAUUUAUAAGAACACUUAACCAACAACAUUUGAAAUCUAAAGCCAAUUAGCUUGUGCCUCAUCAUUGCCUAAAACCUAACACCUUCAGAAUGAUGCAUGAACUAAUGCUUUAGAAAAAUCCACUCCAGUGUUCUCUUAUUUAGCCCUAUACUCAGACUUAACUUGUAAGUGGAAUAGAAUCUUCCAGGACAGAUGAUGGAACUAAAAAGAAUAAGAGCAAGCAUUGGCUCAGUCCCUUCUCUGAGUAUGUGUAUAUAUGCAUAUGUCUGUAUGUGUAUAUAUAUAUAUGUAAAUAUUCAUUACAAUACAUUGGUAGAAACUCAAUUAUCUUCAAAUACUGCAUUGAGAAAAUUCAUUUCCUUUUUUUAUGAAGAAAAAUAAACCACUGACAGAAUGUUAUAAAUUUUUUGGAAAUAAUGUAAAAUUUGAACUUUAUCCAAACUUUCAUACCACAAGAAUAUGUUUUGAUAAUUUCUCAGGGGCUAGGGCUGUAGCUCAGUAGUAGACUGCUUACUUAGCAUACACAAGGCCCUAGGUCAAUCCCCAGAAUAGCAAAAAAAGAAAACAAAAUUCUCUUAUUUUAUGACUUCUUUUAGUAUCCAACUAUAAGUGAAUUUUAGCAACUCAGCAAUCCUAAUCAAAUGAGCCACAGUUACAUACACUGAAGAUAUACAUUAAAAUGAACCCAAGAAUUUCUGAAUAUAACUGUUAGUAUGCUUAAUUUUCAAGUCUCUGGACUUUAUCAGGCCAUCAGUGAGAGAGGUAUCCAUUUAACCAAUAAUUAUUUUUUUAUUCUUUCUCAAAGAGAAGAAAAUCAAAAAUAGAGAGAGAGGCUUAGAGCAGGGUUUGCAAAAUGAAAUGGAUGCCUUUGAGGGCCUAGUAGAUAAACAGAGGUCAUGGUUUACCUAAAGGUAGUUGAGUUCAAUAAUUUUCCAACCCUGUGUUGGCCAAACAAAACAUCUGUGUCAAGUAGUUUGUGACCUCUGGCCAAAAAUAAAGAAAGCUGCAGUGUUAUGGCUCUUAAAAUGUUCCCAACUGGACUUAAAAACACAAUACUGAUGGAAUCUAUGAUGAUUUCUGUUUGCACUUCUAGUUACAGGCUCAAUUUUCCACUUAGUUGGCAUUCACUAUGUAUAUUGGGUUAUUUUAUGUAUUAACAAACACCGCACAGAUGUUUUAUGUUUUUGACAACCCCGAAAUAGUGUUUUUAUAAAAUUACAUUUCUGGUAACGAUUUGCUUAGUUAAUCCAGCAAUUUUAAUUUCAUGUCCAACAAAAAAUUAUGUUUCACUUUGAAGGAAAUGAAGCAGAAAAAGGAAAUGAUGUGGUUUGGAACCAAGCUGUCAUUGAUCUGUGGAUAAGAAACAUUCCUAGAAGUUCAUUAUGUGGCAUUUUGUUAGUGAACAAGCUACGUAAUGAUGGUGGCUUCUAAUGUACUUACCUUCUCAGCUAUAGAAGCCUUUGAAGGGUUGACAUUUAGAAAAGGCACUGUUUCAGAAGAUAAUGGUUUUCAUCAACAUCAGGAAAUUAUUUUUUAUGAAAGGAUUUUUUGUUGUUGUUGGUAUAUGUCUUUAUUGCAUGAUCUUUUACUUUCACUUAAGAGUCAUCUUGGAAGCUCAUCUCAAUGCCUCCUUGCUGGGUGGGAGUCGGGGGCAGGGAUUUGCUAACAACGGUUUAAAUUUUAAGAGUUGUUUUAAAGUACAGUUUCUUUAUAUGAUGUUAACCUCAUUUACAUUUCUAGGGUCCUCUCUAGGUUUUAGACCCUGUGCUAAGCAUGUGGGUGUAUUAACUCAUUUAAUCCUCACAGAAAUAACUCUAUAAUGUAGACAGUAUUACUAUCAGGGUUCCGGUUGCUGGACAAAGGAGCUUAGGCAGAAUACGGUUCAAGUGCUUAUAUAAGGUCCUGAGGUGAAUAAAUGGUAUUUGGACCCUUCCAGUCAAGUUUCAAGUCUCGAGGUUUUUUUUUUUACCAGACUCAAGGGGUCCAUAGCACUAUGGGAUGUUUUCACAUUGUGUGGGAUGCUUUAUAAAAGAUACAUUCUGCCCAUUUUGGUGAGAUUUAUUAAAGGAAUUCAGAAGCACAUGAUAUUUUAUAAUUUCUUUCUUAAUGAUUUUCUCUUUAGUAUUCUCUUUUCUACCAGAUUUUGAAGUUUAGGGAAAGUAAGUGCCAUGGAAAUGUUUAAGUGUGCAACGGAAAUGCUUUUUUUUUUUUUUUUUUUAAUCUCUCACUGCCCAAAAUCAUGAAGUGCUUGUCUGUGGUCACAGUUUCUUGAGAAUAACUUGAAUUUUGAAAGAGAGAAAGUUGUCAAGGCCGUCUUAUUACCUAGAUCGUAGAAAUGGGCUAAUCAGUGCUUAAAUGACUUUCAUCAGAAAGCUCUGAGGCCCAGCUGAGGCUUCACUUUGUAAAACUGGCCUAAUAUUCGAAUAUACAAAUCAGUCUUUUAAUUAUCUUUCAUUCUUUAUGCUUUGAUUUUGCUUUCUGUUGCCAGAAUUGCUGGAGGAAAGGACUGAGCACUGAUAUUCCAUCCACAAGGCUCUCCCUUCUCUCUUAGCUCAUGUUCCUGCUAACUGUCCCACCCUACCGACUCAUGGCCUGGGGUGUCCAUUUUCCUGUUAUCUUGUUACAGUUCCUUUUCUGCAGGUGAUCAUGCAUUAGCAUAUUUGCUGUCUGCUUUUCAGACAAAUGCUGUUUUAAUUGGCACCAGGGCUAUAGAAGGAGGUCAAAAGAAAUUAUCAAGUGGCUCUUAAGCAGAUGAGAAGAAAUAAAUGAUGAGCAUUAUCUCUAUUUUUUUAAAAGUAUUUAGGGUUUUAAAUAUAUGAACAGGUAUAAUCACUGGCUCUGGAAACAUUGAAGGCCAUGAUCAUUAAAGUUUAAAGGAUAUUUCUUAGUAGUCAGAUGGUUUGCAUGGGAACCCAAUUAUAUAAAUAACUCAGUGGUUCUCAGAGUUUAAAAAUCAUAUACAUGAUCAUGUCAUACCUUCCACCAAGGUUUGUAUAUACACACAUAUCUGAAAAUAUAUACUCCUUCAACAUCCAUACCUUCCAAUCCACCCUUAAAAAUCAAUGCACAUUUUUUUUAACUUUUCAAACAUAAAACCAUAAAGAAACCCACAUGGGGUUCACUCCCUUUUUCUGAUGCAUUUUGGGUGUAUCAACUCUUUUAAUGCACUUCCUUUAAAAGCUAGACAUACCUCAAUGUGUUCUAUGCCCCAUCCAUCCCUCAGUUGUUAAUGAUUCCAUCAAUCUCUGUUGGCCUUUAAAAACCAUGAAGUUCAUUCCGCUGGACUCAGAAGCUUGUUAAACACUGCAUUUUCAGCUGUCUGAAAUUGGUUUCUGGAAUUCAACACUUAUUGGGCACUUAUGAGAAACAUUGUCCUAGCCUUUGUGCCAACAAAUAUGAGAAAGAGCAUAGUCCUUACCCUCUCAGAGUUUAUAAGUUCAUCUUUUCACCACGCAGCUUUUGAAAUAUUCCCUGCUGCUGUUGACAGGAUCUGUUGAAUUUGGGGCAAAAGUAAACAAACUUUUGAUAUCCUCCAAAAACCCUGCCUCUCUAUUUGCAGGAAGAGAAUUCUUAUGUGCUCUACUGUUCAGAAAAUACAAGCUGCUCAACAGUGCUGGUUUUCUAUGCUAUCCCUUUUCCAGGCCAUAGUAGUCCAGGAGGAGUUAGAAAGAGUCCAGAAAUGAAUUCAGCAGUUCCCUUUUGUUUAGGUGGACACUUUCUCUCUCUCUCUUUUUUUCUUUCAGCCUUCUCAGCCUUCGUAGGAAGACAGAGGAAAAAGCAGAUAGUUGAAGCAGGGAAAUUCAGGAUGAUGAAUGUUCUUGAAUAUAUGAGGGAAAUGUUGCAAGAUUAAUUUAUAUCUUUUUCAAACCAUUUCUGAAUUAUGCAACUACCAUAAUGAUGUAUAGAACUUAUGCCACAAAUAUGGUUCUUAGCUUCCAGUUAUUGCCUGGGUUAUAUUACAUUACAUUGCAUUAUUAGUUUGGGGUUAUAAAGAAAUAGACUAAAAAACACACUUAACAAAGUAAAAUUCAUAUGUAAUUCCACUUUCUGGAGAUAGCCAACUUAGCUCUUUUAUGAAAAAAUUUUAGUCAUUUUAAAAUGUAUGUUAAUGUAAAUACUUGUGUCUCAACAGAUUUGAAUCGCAGUGUAUACCCAAUUUUUCCCAAUUUUUUUACUCAACUUUGUAUACAGAAACAUUUCCCCAUGUCAUUAAAAGUUACUUGAAACUA